AUGCUUUCUACAAUCUCCCCGAGAAAAUGCCACAUACACGCUCUAGCCGCCCUUGUUACUUUAACGGCAGGCUCUUUUUUCCUUCACGUUCUCACUAACGGCCCACCGUAUCGAUCCGACAGCCAUGGAUACUUGGAGUCAAUCAAAGAAACCUAUAGUUAUUACCGUCGGCACCGGCAACGUGUCAACCCGCUUGACUUCACCUACCCUAUACCUGGUACGGACAUCUGUCGGGAUGGAGCUCCCUUCUUCCUCAUCCUGGUCAUAUCCUUGCACUCCAGACGAGCCGAACGAGAUGCUAUCCGAUCAACAUGGGGAAGCAUUUCCCGCGGUAAACAUUGGCCACGGGGACCCGCCGGAAGCUUGCCUCCGGACACGCCUCCAAAUCUCAUCACGAAAGUCGUCUUCCUGUUCGGGAAACACUCCAACAACUCAUACAAUCGAGAGCUACUUCACGAAAGUGCUCAGUACAACGAUGUCGUACAGGCAAACUUUACCGAAAAUUACCGAAAUCUGACACUCAAAGUGCUUAUGGGACUUAAGUGGGCGCUUAAGCAAUGUGCCGAAGCCGAAUUUAUUUUGAAGGUCGACGAUGAUACUUUCGUUAAUGUUCCUAUGAUGGUCGAUUACGUGAUCUCGAGGGAUUACUGGGAAAAAACUAUAAUGGGCUUUAUAAAUUAUAAGCCCUUUCCUUUCCGCUAUUACACAAAGUGGCAAGUCAGCUGGGAAGAAUACCCAUAUUUUCGUUAUCCUUCGUAUGUUUCUGGAAAUAUUUAUUUGUUUCUUUCCCUGACGGCCCACGACCUAAUGGAUGCUGCAGAAUAUCUCCCGUACGUAUCGAUGGAAGAUGUCUACAUUACCGGUAUUCUGGCCGAGGUGGUCCGGAUGAAGUACCAUCCAAUCCCGCGUAAGUUGUAUAAUCAGAAGGAACGGGCUACAGUGUGCGAAUUGGCAACGAACAAACGUAUUGCAAGCCAUUCGAUCACGGCCCCAUUGCAUUACAACGUAUGGAGAGCAAUGCUGGACAAGACAUGUAGUGGAGCAGAAAAACUGUUAUAA